GAUGGGGGCCAUGGGGCAUUCGGGGUCUGAGUCGAAGGGACGAAGGGGGAACCAGGGCGUCGAAGGCCGAGGACCUUUUGUUGGGUCCGUGCGCGAGAGCCUGCCCUUUGCUGCUUCUUCCGUCUCGCUGUUUCCGCCGGACACGCGUGUAGUUUUGCCUCCGCAAUCCAGUGCCCACUUCCGCGAAUUGUGCAGGGGUUGCAUACAGCUUUAGCAAUUUCCCAGAUCCGCAUCGAUUUUUGCGGAUUAGCUUCUGGUGCAGCGGAGAUCAGCGCACAGCGGAGCUUUGUAAGCAUGGUUCCGAGUGGUGGAGAGAAUCAAGCCUUGAGUAAUGAAUGUGGCGUGAGAUCGGAGGGGGCGGUCGGUAGAAGCUCGUCCGGUUGGGAGUCCGAGUGAAUGAUUUUCCACAUGGCUCCUACUCACAAAUCUCUUGAGAUUUUGAGCAGAUACUUUGAAGCUCUUAAAAGACGAGGAAUGCUCGCCGAUGAAGCUUCUCUUGAGUUCAAAUAUUCCAGCAGGCCAGUUGAGUCUACGGUGUCGGAGAGGUGUACAUUAAUGGAAGAACUGGGGCACGCGAAAGUUUCAUCAAAUUAUGGAGAGCUGCUAAGAAUGAUCAGAGCUACCUUUUCCUCGGCAAAUGCAUUAAGCAAGUGUUUUCUGCCAUCCAAUGGAUCUGGGAGUGGAAGGGAAACCUCUGUACCCAAUCAUGCAAAAUCAACGAUUUUGGUCGCCGGCGUCGACUUGGCUCUGCUCAAAAGAUUUUAUGAUGCUGUUAUCGAACUGGAAACAGGGGAAGUGAAAUCGGCCAUUAUGGAAUCAAGUGAUAAGCUUUUAACAGAUUUGCUCCUCUCAGUAGAUCCAAAAAACGGAACUCGGCACUUGGAGCCAACCCCCGUGAUUCGGACGAUAAUCGCUCUUCUCGAGAAUAGGCUUUUCAAGUCACCUGACUAUCAUAACGUGCUGACGAAGCUGUGGAAGCUAAUUCUCAACCUUCCUUCGAAUUGCAAGACCAUUUUGUUGCAGGCUCUUGAGAAAUAUAGCAAGGAGCAUCUGGAGCAGCUCGUUUCGAUUGUUCAGACCUUUAUCACCAGCAAUGUCGGCAGUGACCAGGUCGUUAUAGGAGUGGAUGUACUACGAGAAAUCUAUGCUGUCAACGAAAAAUCUCAACACCUUAGCUUCACAUCCUUCUACAAUGAUGCAGUGAACAACGAUGAGUUUGACUUGAAAGAGGACUUCCGAAGAUGGAGGAACCCGGACAGGUUCCCGUUUUCCUUCUGCAAGUAUCCGUUUAUCUAUGAUCCGUCAAGCAAAAGCAAGAUCCUACAGCUGGAUGCAAAUGUUCAAAUGAGGCAUGAAUUCCAAGACGCAGUUUUGCGGUCAAUAUUCAUUGGUGCCACGUGCCCUUACCUGGUUUUACGAGUGAACCGAGAAAAUCUAAUCCGAGAAACGAUAUUCCAGAUACAACAACAAUCAGAUGAUCUGAAAAAACCUUUGAAGGUUCAGUUUCUUGGAGAAGAAGGUGUUGACGAAGGGGGAGUCCAGAAGGAGUUCUUUCAGCUUGUCGUUCGAGAGGUCUUCGACCCUAAGUAUGGGAUGUUCUCUUAUAACGAGGAGACGAGGUGUUUUUGGUUUAACUCUUCACCCCUAGACAUGGAUACCGAAUACGAGCUUGUCGGUAUAUUGCUUGGAUUAGCUAUAUACAACGGACACAUCUUGGAGUUGCACUUUCCGAGUGUAAUUUACAAGAAGUUGCUCAAUAAAACGCCAACAUUCGAGGAUCUUGCUGAGGUGAAUCCAAUUCUUGCAAAAGGCCUGGAGCAACUUCUAAGUUUUACGGGAGAUGUUGAGGCUGUCUUUCUGCGUUCCUUCCAAGUGUCGGUACAAGAUAUAUUUGGGGACAUCAGAACGGUUGAUCUCAAAAACGAUGGAGGCAUGAUUCCGGUGACUCAGGGGAACCGGAAGGAGUACGUAGAUUUAUGUGUGGAGUACUACAUGGAAUUAUCGAUACAGCGUGCGUUUGAGGCCUUCAAGCAUGGUUUCCAAAAGCUCUGCAAGGGUAAUGUUCUUGAUCUCUUCCAACCUGUUGAAUUGGAGCAGCUAAUCUGUGGUAGCCCAGAACUUGAUUUUGAAGCCUUAGAGAGGAAUACACUCUACGAAGAUGGAUACAGGAAGGACUCCAAAGUAAUCAGCGAUUUCUGGGAGGUUGUUCAUUCUUUGGAUGAGGAGAACAAGAAGAGACUCCUAUUUUUUGUGACGGGUUGUGAUCGUGCACCUAUCAAAGGGCUUGCAAAUCUACAUUUUGUAAUAUCCAGAAAUGGAACAGAUUCCGAAAGGUUACCUACCGCGCACACUUGUUUUAAUCAUCUGCUUCUUCCUGAAUACAGCAGUAAGGGCAAGCUUAGGGAGCGGCUAAUGACAGCAAUUAGCAAUGCAGAAGGCUUUGGUCUCAUGUAACUCUCUCUGAGUGGUGGUCCUACAUCAUUGAACAGUGUAGGUUCUCUCAGAGGUGAGUGGUGAACCUUAUAUGCAGUAAAUUUGAGAGCAAGACCUUUUACGGAAGAGGUUGUACAGAGGCUUGAAUAUGGAGGUACUCACGUUAUGAUACAUUGAUAGUUAGACAUUGAGGUGAUGCGAGUGAGAUUCUUUCGAGCUCACUUUCCCUGCAUUUGUCAAGCCAAAUAGUGUUGAAUUGUUUAUUUGAUCACUGUAAAAUUUACCAGAAAAUAGUCGGAUCUGAUUAGUAUUCGGUGUCAUGGCUUACUCGAUUUAUUGAGUGAUCCUGUAACCAGGUCAUGCCUUGGCAUUGGUUGUAAUAAAAAGCUAAGUGAAAAGUCUGUACAAAGAUCCAGCUUGAUGGGGAGUAACCCUGGAGCUGGCCACGGCAAGAAUGAGACUGCGACUGAAAGUAGCAAAUUAGGAGCAGACGCUUUCUCGCUAUCUCCGCCUAGUAUUCUAAUAGCUAGUUAUGGCUGGCCGUUGCCAGAGGUCUCAAAGCUAACAAUUUGGUCAUGUAAAAACAUUUCAGGCAUACAUGGUUUAACCUUGUAAUCUCUUUGAAUCUAGCAGCCACCAGUCGAUGCAUCUCUUUCCCCUCCUAAGUCAAGGACCCACUGUGAACAUUGUUGGUCAGAUUCUGCAUAUUCCAGGCUGCGGCUCUUUGCUUGUAGAACAUAGUUUUUGAGAACUUUUUGCCGAUGGGCUUCAGUGUUAGCAAAGCCUGGAGAUUUUCCAGCUUAGAAACAGGCAGGUGCUCAACGACCUUGGAAUGUGAUUCACGGUACACGGGUAUCAGGAAGGAAGUGGGCAUUGCUUCGGCAGAGCCCAUACAUCGUUGGGAGGGCCACUGCAGAGCACUUUUACGUGGGUGAGCAGAAAAAGAGAAAGUAGAGAGACACUUGAUGAUUAGCUUAUUCAUCCAUGGACACUGCAUCAGAUGCGGCUGCAUUCGAAUUCACUCCCCAGCUCUAUAUUUAGGAGCAAAAUGGUUCAUUCGAGACUGGAUCUAUGUCAGGAACGCCUGUCGGUGAGUGGAAGCCUAAACCUCAAAACUGAAUUGCAUUGGUAUGGCAUUUCAGAGUUUUAACAUGACAUGUUAUUUUCUUCCUCGUUGAAGGUAGAGAACGGAUUCGGAACCUACUGUUCACACUGGCGGAAACAGAGAAACUUUACUACAGGGCCACUUCCCCAGUAAGGUUCACCUUUAUCUAGAAGAUGGUGGAAUAAUCUGGAUAUUUCGGUACUCACGAGCAUGUAAUGCGAACUGUUAAUGGGGUGUCAUCCCCAUUGUAACUUCCUUGUACAUUCAG